AUGCAGAGCAAGGUUUCUGAUCGAGGUAGAGGCCUUGCCACGCAGAGACCAUCUUUCCUCGCUGUAUUGAGUGACCAAUGGUCUCCGUCAUCGAACCCUAACGGGAUCGUGAAUCUAGGCCUUGCCGAGAAUACACUCAUGCAUACGGAGAUGGUAGAGUACAUCAAUUCCCAUGGGGACUUUUGGAACCCGGCCAGGCUUCUUGAAGUCGAGUUUGGAGAAAUAGAUCCAUUCAGCAUGGCCGCAAUCCAACAGUACGAAAGAGCACUUACUGAAGCGAAAAACAGAGGCUUACGGAUUAACGCUCUUGUAUUGUGCUCACCACAUAAUCCCCUUGGAAGCCUAGGACGUUGCUACCCUGAAGAUGUUUUGAAAGAAUACUUGAAGUUCUGCUCGAGGAAUGAACUUCACCUUAUUUCCGACGAGAUCUACGCACUAUCUGUCUGGGAUAACCCUCGUCUUCCCGAUGCGCCAGGUUUUAAGUCGAUUUUGUCUAUAAACCUGGAGGGAAUCAUUGAUCCAAGCCUCGUACAUACUCUAUGGGGCUUAAGUAAGGAUUUCGGUGCAACCGGACUGAGGAUUGGAUGCUUGGUUAGGGGAGAAGACACUAACCAACGUUCACCAAUUAGCCUCUACAAUAUUCCAUCCAGUCUAGCAGAUCAGGUUACUACAUCGCUCUUGCUAGAUGACAGCUUCAUGACAAAGUAUAUCGCGAUCAAUAGGACACGCUUGGCUAACAGCUAUCAUUUUGCGACAAAGUUGCUACGGUCCCAUGGAAUUCCUUAUUUUGAGUGCAACGCUGCUUUCUUCAUUUGGAUUAACUUAGGCGCCGUGGUAAAGGAUGCCACAGCCGACGAUAUUCUUGUAAGGCUCCGAAAAGAGAGAAUCUACAUUGCGGCUGGGGAACAUUAUGCGGCGGAAGAAACAGGAUGGUUUCGGCUGGUUUUUUCGCACCCGCUGAACGUUUUGGAAGAGGGACUGAAGCGGAUAAUUAAGUCUAUUCAAUAA